AUGAAUCUUUCUUUUUACCACUUCCUUCUUUUUUUUCUGUAUUUAUUUAUUGGUCUCAUUCUUUCUAUUUACUUCAUUUUUCUUCUUGACUUCCUUCAUUCUUUCUACAUAAUUCUUUCUUUUUUAUUUUUUUCUUUCUUUUUACUUCAUUUUUUCUUUAUAUUGCUUUUUUUCUUUUCCCUUAAUUCUCUGUCUCUUUCUUUCUUUCUUUCUUUCUUUCUUUCUUUUUCUUCUUCGUUCUCUUUAAUUAAUUCUUUUACUUCUUUCUUUUUACACAAUUCUUUCUUGUCUUCUUUCCAGUCUAUCUAUCUAUCUAUCUAUCUAUCUAUCUAUCUAUCUAUCUAUCUAUCUAUCUAUAACAGUCUGUUUCUAUCUAUCUAUCUAUCUAUCUAUCUAUCUAUCACAGUCUGUUUCUAUCUAUCUAUAACAGUCUGUUUCUAUCUAUCUAUCUAUCUAUCUAUCUAUCUAUCUAUCUAUCUAUCUAUCUAUCUAUAA